UUUGUACUCCGUGAACUUAAUGAUAGGUUGAAUCAAGAAUGGAAAGUGUUGCUGUGAUGCAUCUAGGCCACUCCCCUUGAGAAGCAUUAUAUUUAUAAUCGGUUUGGGAAUAGCAUUUCAAACAACAGCAUACUCUUCUGAAGUACCCUAACAGGAACGUUUUAUUUCUCCAUAAAUGUAGCAUUUGAAAGAGGAAACCCAUGAUCACCCAGUAACUGUUGAACUAAGAUAAUAUUUCUUUCAACUCGUUUUUUGUUUUAAUAGACUUGUUUUUGUAUUUUAUACUCCAAAUUAAACACUUACAGUAUCCAAGAGAACGCUGAUGAAACUUUGAUAGCUUUUUUAUAGCCUAGGUAUUUUACACACAUCGUAAUCACAAUGUAGGAGAAGUGUAUAGGUCAUGGAGGCAGCAAUGAAGUUUCACAUAGAAUCGGGAUUUUUUUUUUUUUUUUUGCCAUUUCAGUUUUAGAGAUUUAUUUUGACAAAACGCACUAUGAUUUUUUUUUUUUAAAUCACCUUCUUUUGGCUCUACCUGUCUGCAUCCAAAAAAAAAGUUUGCGUCAGUUUGUUGACGGUUGCUACGAGACGCUGAAGAUAACGCCUUGAAAUCCUAGGAUAAUCUAUGUGUUGCCAUGAGACGUAGCUCUAGCAUUGGGACAGUCUGUGCGACAACAGUUUGUACUUGAAGGAUCUCUUGUUCUUUUCGUGUAAUAUAUAUAUAUAUAUAUAUAUAUAUAUAUAUGUAAAUAUUGUUUUAUUUCCAACAGAUGUAAACGCUUAAACAGGUAGGCAUAACUUGUGUGUGAAUGUGUGUUUGGUUUUCUAAAGCAGGAUAUUUGAAUACAUUAAUAUUGCAGAGUGUAUCGUAUAGUACACAAACAGCGAAGAAGUGUGCUACCAGGCAGAAUACAUACACAGAAUACAUAAAACAGAGCAUUGCAAAGCGUCGUGAUAAAGGAACCGGCUGUUAAGCAGACACAGUUGUAAAUUCAAUUUUAAGAAGUUACAGUAUCUUUUCCUUCUUUGUUUCAAUGUGCAAUUACAAUUGUUACAAUGUAAGUCAAUGCAUUGUCUAUGUAUUUAUUUAUUUUAGUAUUAAUUUAGAUCCCUCGUUGUAGUUACAUGAACCUACAUUUUGCUCACAAUGGAGUCGUUUUGGAAAACGGAACUGACAAAAAUAUGUUUAGAUGGAUUACAUUUAAGCUGAAUAUCAAGAAAUGGCAACUCUGGAAGUGUUCAUUUAAAAAAAAAGAAAAGAAAAAUAGACUUGUUAUCGCCCCCUGAUGAAACACAUUCACAUAACAUUACUAGUUAUUGGAAAAGAUCUAGGAACCAUUAUUGACCGGUAACUGUUGUUCAAAGACAGUUAUUGUAUUUGUAUAUUUGAGAAAUGUAUUUGAUAAUAAGCACAGGGAGUUUCUUUGCCACCUCAUUUUAGAAAGAUAAUUCACAGAGCAGUUCUUCAGAUUUCCUAAAAGCCUCUUGAAAGAGUUAGUAGCUUGAAAUUAUGUUCUUGUUUUCAAUUUUUCUUUCUUUUUUUUUUUUUUUUACUAAAAAAUACACUUUGGCUGAUCUGGCCUGUGAUACAUGCAUUUGGCAGGCAACUAAACCUAAAGAGCCUCUCUGAACCCAUAGUCAAAUCACCUUAACACUUCCUAAAGAAAAUAUCACUUGAAGCUAUGCAAGUAUGUGCAGAAUAUACCGUAACUAGUGUUUCUGCAUACUUAUAUAUCUGAAACAAUCCUUUGUAUAAAUUAUUAUAACAUUAUUUCUAUGCAUAGCUAGUAGAUAUUGUUUUGUGUAACCAAUUUCUCUUUAUAAAAGGUGAUCAUGUAGCUGAAUUUCAUACUGAGGUCUCCAUUCUCGAAAACCACAAAUUCCACUGAAGCCUUAAAAGUAUCUGUACCAAAUACUGAAGCUUAUAAGUUAAGGGAUACCUAAGCAAGACCAUAGGUUCCCAGAACACCAUUAAACUUUUAUGAGAACACUUUUUUGUACAUGAAGCAUAAACAAAGCUUGUUAAGGUGCAUUUAGUGUUUUUAAUAAGGUCAAAAGGUUGUCUCUGGAAAACAUUUGGAAAAACUAUCACAGACACCAGCUUCUGACUUAAAUUACAUGCCUUUUCCACCUAACCAAUUACAUACGUUAGGAGACUCCACUUUACAACCUAAAGAAGGUGCUAAGGCAAUCAACACUGGUGAACAAAAGAGACUAGCAAGACCCACUACUGCAUUGUUAAUCAGAAAAUCAAGUGAAUCGACCAUGUCUCAAAACAAUCUCAAACACCCCGUGAUACCCCCAAAAAGGCCAGGCUUUAGGGUCUGUUAUAUAUGUGGAAGGGAAUUCGGCUCAAAAUCAAUUGACAUCCAUGAGCCAAAAUGCCUGGAGAAAUGGCAUAUUCAAAAUGAGAAAUUACCAAGGAAUCAAAGGAGACCAGCACCUCAGAAACCAGAAGCCCUGUCUGCUGGCAGUGCAUAUGAUGUUGAGGCUAUGAACGAAGCAGCAUGGCAAAGUUCAAAAGCUCAACUUCUUCCAUGUGAAAACUGUGGCCGCAGGUUUCUGCCUGAUCGUCUCGCUGUUCAUCAAAGGAGCUGUAAACCAAAGCCAGGUGCCUUGGGACCCUCGAAAACACCAAGUAGUACCACCCUGGAAACUUUGUCCGAAAGCAUUUCAAGCUCGUCUCAAAAAGCACAACCCAAACCCCGAACCUUAGUUUGUUACAUCUGUGGAAGGGAAUUUGGGACACUAUCGCUUCCGAUCCAUGAACCAAAAUGCCUAGAAAAAUGGAAGAUUGAAAAUGACAAGUUAUCAAAGAACCUUCGCAGGCCUCUCCCACAAAAACCGCAAGCCAAUCAAACAGGGGGGGCCACAAGGGAAAAACAAAAUGAGGCUGCCUACCAGAGCUACAAGGAUCAGCUUCUACCCUGCUCUAACUGUGGCCGCACCUUUGCACCUGACAGGCUCCUUGUCCACCAGAAGAGCUGUAAGAAUAAAACUACUGGUCUCAGUGUCAAGACAGUCUCCCUCACUAAUGAGGUGACAAGUCAGAAUAAUCAAGGUACCAUCAAGAAACAAAAUAAUGGAACCUCCUCCAAACAAGCUGAGAAGCCAGCAAUAGUAAGACGGCCAGCAACUGUUGUUUGCUACAUUUGUGGACGGGAAUUUGGAUCCAAGUCUAUUAGUAUCCAUGAACCACAGUGUUUGAAAAAAUGGCACAUUGAAAAUAGCCAGUUGCCAAAGAGUCUCCAAAGAACAGAACCUAAAAAGCCUGAAGUGAGCGUGGUCACAGCUACAGGCUUCUAUGAUCUUGAGGCACAAAACCAAGCAGCCUGGCAAAAUGCCCAGGCCCAGUUGGUGCCUUGUGAUAUCUGUGGGCGGACUUUCCUGCCAGACAGACUGACUGUCCACCAGCGAUCUUGUAAACCUCGAAAAUAAACUUGUACUACCACAUACCCUUGAUGAGAAAUUAUACAGUAGUUAUUAAAGAUGGAUGGAAGGAAAAUCUGGAAGACAUAAACUGUCUUGCACAUUCUGAGUUUUUUUUUUUUUUUUUUUUUUUUUUUGUGUGUGUGUGAGACAGCUGUGAACAUUUACAGAAUUUUCCCCAUUUGGCAUUUGUCAGCAAUUAUGUCAUCAACUUACUUGUUUAACUUUGCAGUUCAACACAAUUUAUGUAUUCUUUCAUUGACUGAAUCAUUUGAAGUUUAUCUUAUGGGCUUUUUUUUCUAAAGAUUUCUACAGUGUGUUAAAUGUUUAGUUAAUUGGUACUGAUUUUUAAAAUCAGGUAUAUAUAACAAGUGGCUGGUUAACGGUGGUUAAAGAAAAGGGCAUGUAACCAGGAGGUCCCUGGUUCAAAUCCCGGCUCACUCAAGGACUCACUGUGUGACCUUGAGCAAGUCACUUAACCUCCUUGUGCUCCAUCUUUCGGGUGAGAUGUUGUUGUAAGUGACUCUGCAGCUGAUGCAUAGUUCACACACCCUAGUUUCUGUAAGUUGCCUUGGAUAAAGGUGUCUGCUAAAUAAACAAAUAAUUCAUUAAUAAACAAAUAAUAUAAAUACUAUUUUUAAAAAAAUAAUGAUUAUGUGGGACUUAUAUUUAAUGUAUUGUACAGAUGUGGUCAAUAUAAAAAGGACAACAUAUCCAAGGUAAAAUUAGACAAAUAUUUUGGCUAGUGCCUUCAGCAUGACGGACUGCAAUAAAUGGUGUCAGUAACAUAGAGCCCCUCCCCCCCUCCAACAGUAUGCAUGUGUCAUUACCAUGAAAAUGUUGUUUCCCAUGACCUACAUCUACUGCAUUAUUAUAGCAAAUGCUUAGGCAUGCAAUUGUUACAUCAAAGUAAGAGAAGCAGUUGCCAGGAUACAGCUUUCAAUAGUUCACCCACUUAGGCGACAGUACUGUAAUAAAUAAUGAGUGCUUUCAUAGUUCUGAUUUUGAUGAAACUGGAUAGAUGUAUAUCCUGAUUGUAAUGUAGAGUAUGUGUAGAUGACUGGAGUACUAGCCACAGACCAAAGAUCUAGACAGUAUUUGGUUUGUUCACAAAACUGUGGAAUGGAUUAAUGAUUGACCACCAAAUUCACCUGGUUGGUUUGGAGCAGUGGAAUUAAGAUGAAGAGUAUUCAGACAGUGUUUUUCCUUUGUUAUAGAACCUUUUAAUAUUUUGACCAAAGCUGUAUAUUCUAUAUGUUUGUGUAAAAUGGGAGUAAGUCACUUAACCUCCUUGUGCUCCGUCUUUCGGGUGAGACGUAAAUGUAAGUGACUCUGCAGCUGAUGCAUAGUUCACACACCCUAGUCUCUGUAAGUCGCCUUGGAUAAAGGCGUCUGCUAAAUAAACAAAUAAUAAAAUGCUGUAAUCAAAAGUGAAAUGAUACAAUUAAAACCAAUGACUUUGUUUACAUUUGACAUUGAUGCUACUAUACAGCUAUAUUAGUAUGAAAGUAUAUAUGUAACAGUGCUGUAUGUGAUAACAUUACCUUAAUAAGUAUAGAAGACUGUUAAAUCUAUUGUUUUAUUGUCUCCAUGUGCCAAAAAGUUCUACACUAAUUCACUUUACCAUCCUUUAAAUGUACUUUAAAAAAUACACAGUAACACAUCUCUAUGUACAAUAAGACUGUAUUGAUUUUUAAAUAUCAAAAUAAACAUAAUCCUAUUUUAUCACUACA